AUGGGGAAUAAAAGGAGAAGAUCUGCAUCCUCUGGUUCCUCAGACAAUGAGGAAGAUUUUAUUAACUUCAAAAUUUGGCAAUUGCAACAGAAAAAGGCUAGAAUUAAAUCAAAGAGGAGCAGUGAAGAGAAGCUACAUUCUAAGAACGAAAGGGGUAAGAAACGACAGCGUGAUGAGUCCUCGGAUACCUCUUCGUCAUCGUCAAGUUCUGGACGUUCCAGAAGACGUAUUAGAGUGCCUUUUAGUCCCCGUGGGACUGGCAGAUGCAUAAGUGUUACAAGAAGUUUGUCCCAACAUGAUGAGCACACAGAGCGCUCUCCGAUGCCCCGUGGGCAUGAGGAUGAAGAUCCUUUGGUUGUGGAUUGUAAUGGAAACACGGUUUUCUUGGUUUUAGGCCCUGAGAAUAAGGAAGAACCUCAUCAGGACCCUUUGGACAAUACUGAUAAUGAGCCCAAAAAUGAGGCCUUAGAUGUCACAGUGUGUGAGAAAGCCCCCAAGUGCAAUACACAGAUCUAUUCGGCACUAAAUGAGAGUGGUAGGAAGAGAGACGAUAAAUUGAGACUGACACAAACCCAAAUUGGGAUUGCUUUGGCUGCAUCCGCAAAAGUACUCUCUAAACUCCUUAAAAUGGAAAAGACUGAAGAUAUACUUUCAUUAAUUGAGGGUCUGAGUGACUGUAACAGACUACUUGCUGAUUGGUACCAUUCAGAAUCCAUGUCACGUAGGUCCAUCAUAACUGGUUUUUCACUACAAGGCCUGUUACCAACUUAUUACAAGGAUGCUCUAAACAAUGCUAAGUUGGAUGAAUGGCUGUUCGGUGAGGAUCUGACAAAAAGGAUCAAAGAGGCAAAGGUGAUGGAGAGGAAUGUGACUGACUUGAAAUCUGCUAAGAAGGCCCGUCACGACAGUCGACAAGGACGAAAACUUACAAUCAACGUCGGGGCGGGCAGAGUUACCACUACCACAGCAAAUACCACCAGUCCAAGGGACGAGAAGAAAAAUCCAACAGGAGAUAUGUGCCAUCCAAGAAGGCCAACAGAAAAUAUUAGUAAGUAG